CGUUAUGAGAGUGAAUCUUGUCAAAUGAAGCAAAUGUUUAGCCAACCUAUUCCUGGUGGCCCAGCAAUGGACCCAUUCUAUUCCUCUCCUUUUUCAUCUUAUUUUAGGAGACAAACCCCUUAUUUUGGACAGCCUGAUUAUCGAAUAUAUGAGAUGAACAAGCGUUUACAGCAAAGGACGGACGAAAGUGAUAGUCUUUGGUGGGAUGCAUUUGCUACAGAAUUUUUUGAAGAUGACGCCACUUUAACCUUGACCUUUUGUUUAGAAGAUGGACCAAAAAGAUAUACAAUUGGACGAACACUAAUUCCUCGUUAUUUCCGAAGCAUAUUUGAAGGAGGAGUGUCGGAUUUAUCUUUUAAUUUGAAACAUCCUAAAGAAUCAUUUCAUAACACAACCAUAACUUUAGAUUGUGAUCAAUGUACAAUGAUAACAUAUCAUGGAAAACCCAUGUACAAUAAAGGACUUGGUGGCCAGUAUCCCAAUGAUCCUAUGAAAGACCAAAUUGUAAAGGAUAAUGCUGUUGUGGUUUGUACAGAAGGCAGGUUGAUUUUAGAAUUUACUUUUGAUGAUCUUAUGCGGAUAAAGUCUUGGCAUUUUGCAACACGUCAACAUCGUGAAUUAGUUUCACGUAGCUUGAUUGCAAUGCAGAUGUCCCUUCAUAUGGAGGCUCAGCAGCAAGAUCCUGUACUACUUGAGCAACUGUCUAAAAAUAUUACUAGGCAAGGCUUAACCAAUUCAACUUUAAAUUAUUUACGUUUGUGCGUCAUCUUAGAACCAAUGCAAGAGCUUAUGUCAAGACAUAAAGCAUAUGCUUUAAGUCCUAGAGAUUGCCUCAAGACUACACUUUUCCAAAAGUGGCAGCGAAUGGUGGCACCGCCAGAAACCCAGCGUCCUCCUAGCAAAAGACGCAAGAGAAAAUCAUCAGCUGCCAAUAGUGGAGGCACAACUGCUGCUGGAAAAAAGAAAAAUAUUUCACCCGGCCCUCCUAAUUUCACACUGGCCUCUCAGGAUGUUAUGGUUGUCGGGGAGCCAUCUCUAAUGGGAGGAGAAUUUGGAGACGAAGAUGAGAGACUUAUUACAAGACUUGAAAAUACACAAUAUGAUGCUUCAGCUGCAGCAGCUGCUGCUGCUGCAAAUGGUUUAGAAGAUGCAGAAGAUUUCUCUACUAAUCCCAUUACUACAGCCCCUACUACUACUGGUGGGCCUCCUCCAUCUACUUGGUCAGGACCACCAUCAUCCGGUGCCCCUUCUUCUGAACGCACCCCUGUUUCUGUCCCUUCCACAAGUUCCCAAACAGUGAAUCAAGAAGAUAAAAAACCUUCGCCUAAUUUGAAUCAAUGAUUUUCCUUUAAAUUUUUCUUUCUGGUUGGCAAAUUAAUAAAAAAAUAUAUAUAUACAUAUAAAUAUAUCUUAUAUGUGUGC